AUGAACCCAUUUAAUGAUAUCGAAAAAACACUAGCUGAAUUGACUGAUUCAGAAAAGAUCUUGCUUAUUGGAGGUAAGGAUAGAUUUCAUACUGCACCAGUUGAAAGAUUAAGUAUUCCUUCGAUUCGAUUUUCUGAUGGGCCGAAUGGUGUCAGAGGCAAGUCCUAUUUUCCUGGUGUCCCGUCUGCAUGUUUUCCUAACGGUACAAAUUUGGGUGCUACUUGGGAUAAGUCUUUGAUGUACGAGGCAGGAAAGCUCAUGGGAAUUGAAUCUAAGUACAAGGGGGCUCAUGCUAUAUUAGGUCCAACUAUCAACAUUCAGAGGUCCCCCUUGGGAGGAAGAGGGUACGAGUCCUACAGCGAAGAUCCGGUAUUAAGUGGAAGUUUGGCAACUUCUAUUAUUAAUGGUAUUCAAUCCCAAAAUGUUGCUGCUUGUGUUAAACAUUAUGUAUGUAACGAUAUCGAGGACGAUAGAAGAGCAAUUAAUAUCAAUAUCACAGAAAGAGCAUUGAGAGAAAUUUAUUUGUUGCCAUUCGAAUUGGCGGUAAAAAACUCCAAACCAAGAAUGGUGAUGACUUCAUACAGUAAGGUAAGAGGAGAACAUGUAGCUGAAUCUAAAUAUUUACUUUGUGAUAUCUUACGGGAUGAAUGGAAGUGGGAAGGAACUACAAUUUCAGAUUGGGGUGGAACAUAUUCCACCGCAGAAGCUAUUACUAAUGGUUUAGAUCUCGAAAUGCCAGGCCCUCCAAUAUUUAGAAGGCAGGAUCUUGUAUACAUAUCCAAAAUAUCCAAAAAAAUUUCUAAUACGUCCUUUAAUAAUAGAGUUCGUAAUAUGUUACGGUUGAUCAAGUAUUGCAUUGAAUCUGGAGUUCCUGAAAAUGCGCCAGAAUCGAGCGAAAAUAAUACUGAAGCGACUGCUAAGAAGCUUCGAUGUUUCUCAAAUUCAGGUAUUGUUCUAUUGAAGAACGAUGGAGGUAUAUUACCCCUUGAUAAGAAGGAUAAGAUCGCAGUUAUUGGUCCAAAUGCAAAGAAUACUUCUAUUAGUGGUGGAGGUUCUGCAGCAUUAAACUCUUAUGAAGUAACUAAUAUUUACGAAGCAAUUCUGGCAAAAUUAGGUUACUCCCCAGAAUACACUGUAGGAGCUCAUGGACACAAAUUUUUACCCCCUCUAGGGUCUAAGUUAAAAAGAGAUGAUAAUUCUACCGGGUAUACUGCUAAAGUGUAUCUUGAACCCUCGUCAUGCAAGAAUAGGACGUUAAUUGAUGAAUUUAGAUUAACCGAGUCUUAUCUCAGAAUGCCAGACUAUGAAAACGAUCGAAUCUCAAACAAUUUAUUCUAUGUAGAUUUCGAAGGUAAUUUUAUCCCUGAUUCUGAUGGUGAGUAUGAAUUCGGGUUAAUAGUAGUAGGAACGGUACAAUUGUUUAUUGAUGGAAAUCUUUUAGUGGAUAAUAAAACUACGCAGAAAAGAGGAACAUCGUUUUACGAGCAAGGAACAGUUGAAGUUAAAAAUUCGAUCUAUUUACAAAAAGGAUCAAGUUACAAAAUAAAAAUUGAAUUUGGAAGUGGUCCUACUUCGAAGAUCAAUGAUUUCUUAGAUUCGUUAGUUGAUGGAAGAGGUGCGGUAGGAUUUGGAGUGGCGAAAGUAAUAGAUCCUGAAAAGGAAAUUUCUCGAGCAGUAUCUAUAGCAAAAAGAAAUGAUACAGUGGUAUUGGUGGUAGGUUUAUCGAAAGAAUGGGAGAGUGAAAAUUUUGACAGACCAGAUAUGAAGUUGCCAGGCUACAUUGAUAGACUAGUAUCUCAAGUUGCACAAGCAAAUCCUAAUACUAUUGUUGUUAAUCAGUCUGGUACCCCAGUGGAGUUUCCUUGGUUGAAUGAAGUGCCAGGCUUAAUACAGGCCUGGUUUGGGGGAACUGAAGCAGGUAAUGCGGUUGCCGAUGUAAUAUUUGGAGAUGUAAACCCAAGCGGCAAGUUACCUUUAACUUUUCCUAUCAAGGUACAAGAUAAUCCAACGUUUGUCAACUUUAAGUCUAAUAAAGGUGAAUUAUUAUACGGCGAAGAUGUAUUUGUCGGUUAUAGAUUCUACGAAAAAUGUGAAAAAAAUGUUGCAUUCCCAUUCGGAUUUGGUUUAUCUUAUUCUAAAUUUGAGUUUAAGGAGCUAAAUUCGUUAUCUAUCAAAGACGGAAAUUUGAAAUUUAAUGUUUUAGUUAAAAAUUCUGGAAAUAGAAAUGGUUCUGAGGUAGUUCAAGUCUACAUAAAAGCUCUAUCACCAGGCAUUGAAAGGCCAUUAAAGGAAUUGAAAGAUUUCCAAAAAGUAUAUUUAAAGGUUAAAGAAGAAAAUAAUGUACACUUCGAAAUCGAAAUAAAGCGAUCUACCUCAUACUGGGACUCACUAGAAAACCAAUGGCUUUCUGAAAGUGGUGAGUAUGAUAUAUUAAUCGGUAAUAGCAGUGAGAACAUACUUUUAAAGACAUCCUUCAGACUUGAUACAAAUAUGUACUGGUUAUUAGAUUAA